AGGCUGCUGCAGAGCUGGCUCGCUGAGACCGACUGAGGCAGGAAGGAAAAGGCAAAAGAUUUACGGAGGAGAUUGCUGAAGCAGCAGAAGGGGGGGAAAAAGCCAAACCUUAAAUGUUGGCGGCUGGAGAUGCAGACUAGAUAACCUUGGAAUGUGGGUUAGGAGGCUAUGCGACUGAGUAAACUUGAAUGUAGCGUAGAGUGUAUCUGACAUCGUGGACUAAAGAAGAAGAACUAGUGCGUUACCGCGGCAGUCGAAGAUCCGCCUUAAAAAACCUGACCUGUUUCCUGUUAAGGAGCAUCUAUUACUUCCUUCCCGUCUGUCACCCUGGGGAAGGCAACGCUCCUCCGAUCUCCCCGAUUUCCCCCUUCCUCUUCAUCAUCAUCGUCAUCCUCACCGCCGUUGAAGACUGUUUCGGCAUCCCGUUGCGCCCCGACUUCAGGUAUCAAGUGGAAAAGGUUUCGGCUCUCGGGAUUGCCCAUUAUGCACAUCAAGACCACCAAGUGUAACCGCUUCUGCCUGGUCGCCUCUGUGACCAGUCAAGUGUUCAACCGUCCAGAGGCACAGGCCAGUUUUGAGGCCUUGUUCCGUUCCUUCGACCCGGAGGUGCAGUUCCAGUACUUCAAGUCUUUCCGGCGGGUCAGGAUCAGUUUCAGCGAUGCUCUGGCUGCAGCUGAGGCGAGACUCCGACUCCACAAGACCGACUUGAACGGCAAAGAGAUGAGACUGUACUUUGCCCAGUCUGUCCACAUAGGGAGUCCUCGGCUAGAGCCCCCAAAGCCAGAGAAGCAGUUCCUGAUCUCGCCCCCCGCCUCCCCUCCAAUCGGCUGGGAACCGUCUCCGGACGCCAUGCCAGUCGUGAACUACGACCUGCUGUGCGCCAUCUCAAAGCUGGGACCAGGGGACAAGUAUGAGCUCCACACCGCCACGCCCACCACCCCCAGCGUGGUCGUCCACGUCUGCGAGGACGAGCGUGGCGACAGCUCGGCCCUCGACGACAGCGACCAAGACGACAAACCCCGCACCCCGCGGCCAAAAAUCAUCCAGACGCGACGUCCCGACUACGUGCCCGGAGUCGAGCAGUGAGAGACGAAAAGAGGGGGGGGGUCACAGUGUGACGGCUGUAACAUUUCAUCCUGAAGUGAUUUUUGAAGAGCUGAACACGCUCUCUGAGUUUUGAAGGAGGUUUGGACUUUGGGAAGGUGCCUGAGGGUGCUGCGACGCCCUGCAGGCGAGCAUUUCAUAAGACAGAGAGAGAAAACAUAGUGUCGAAUGCUGCAUUCAUGUUCCGUGGGAAAGACAGGAGAUAUCAACUUCCUAGUGGAAAAUACUGUUCAGUUUAGCCAUAAGAUGCUAUGCACUGUUUGUGAAUUUGAGGCUUGGAGAUGGAACGGAAGGAAAAUAUUAACUUUGAAGCGUAGGAAAUAAUGUAUAAUGUUUUAACUAUAGUUCUUAAGGACAAUGGCAGGAGGAGACUUUUGGUUUGAUAUUUUGCACAAAAAAAAAAGAAAAACUGAAACAUACCGUGACUAAGAUUGUGUGCUUUUGAGAUGAAGCUGGUCAGGUGCAAAGUCAUGUGGAUGUUUCCCACAUGACAUGAAUGCAGCAUCACUCUGACAGGUCAUGUUUGCGUUUUCCUCAUGUAGAGCUGCAUGUAGGACUGAAGAGGGAAACGACUUUUUGAAUGAUUUGAUUUGAAACAUAACUUGGCGACUGUUGAUUUUUUUUUUGUUUGUUUGUUUUGCUCGGGUGCUACGUGUGUAUGUCGGUCAGCUGUAGAGUUUACUCGCCGCUGGCUUGUGCUUUUUUCACAUCUCCUUCGGCUGCGUGGUCAUUGCCGAAGAGCUCAUGUCUUCACCGCUGUUUGAUGUCACAGCUGUUUUGUAGUGGACGUGUAGUCAAGUCAAAGCUCGCCUUAAUCACAUUUCACAGGCCAGCCCCUUGGUCGUGUACUGAUUACAUUGAAACAGUGGAUGAAAAUGGAGUUUGGAACCACAGUGUUGUUCCUGUAAUGACUUGUAUUGUUUUGGUACUCUGCCUGUCCGUCUGUGUUUUGGUUGUACUGUAGCAAAGAGAUGUUGCUGUUUGACAUUUAAUAGUGCUAAAUGACUGUGGCUUUACAAGGCUUUUUAUUUUUGAACGGAGAACAAGCCCAGCCCUACACCAACCAUGCUAUCAGCUAAACAGGGCUGACCUCUUUUUAGUUCAUUCUUGGGCUAAAAAGAAAACUGUGGUAAACUAAACCUGCAGCGCUGUUGUUCAACCUGUGACUCAGGGCCCGGUGCGCUUGCUGGCCUCUUCUGGCGGGUCCCCAUUUGAUAAGAGUGCUUGUAUGUUUUAAGGAGGUUAGUGUAUUGCCCGUAAUUCAUGUCUUGUUGCAUUCCCACAGGCUGUUUGCUCGUAUAAGUAUGUUGUUGUUACACACCUACUUUUUAAUUUAAGAUUUGUGAAACUGUAGAGUCUCAAAUGUUGCAGAUUUAAAAGCACACCUCUGAAGGUUUCUUCAGGAAACCCAGUGCUAACAGGUGUGUGUGUCUGGUGAUGAUUAAACUAGCUUUUCUGGACUUUUCUGUCUGGUGCUUUUAUUAGUUUCAAGCUAAAUUCUAGCAAAAUCUGACACACUUGACACUUGAGUCACCUCAACAAGAAUGUGAGGGUAAAAUGGAAAAACUCAAACAUUCAGUUUGACGUUUUCCUUGACAGAAAUCUGUUUCUUUGCUUCAGUGAAUAAAAUGAAGGGGGGAAAAAAACAAGGCUGGAUUCCCAACCAGGAAAGCGAGCAACUCUCCCGCGAGGCCCUAGACACACAGGGGCCCCAAAGUCUUUGGUAAUGUAAAGAAAAUGUAAUGCGUUAAUAACUUGUAGAGUUUGGCACUUUUUUGAAGAGGCUCUGAUAUUUCCUGCUAGUUAAGCAAAUGAUGAAACUGUCAGCAGAGUUUUAAAAAUGGCAGAAACACAACGGUCGGAAAGCUCACGUAGUUUCGUGUGAAAGGGAACCUGGAGCCCAACUGUCUGAUCACAAAGAAAGCCCUGAUGGUCUCUACAUCUUCAUCCACACACUUUGCUUGUGUAUUAAAAUGCCUCUUUUCUUUUCCUCUGACCCACAUUCUCUGUUGUCUUGAAGAAGCUGUAUUUUCGGGGGUGGGGGUACAACAUGUACUAACAAGUAUUUUUUUGGUAGAUACAGCGUCUUAAAACGUAUUAACAGAUCCGGUAGAAUUCAAGAAAGGUGAUUUAUUACAUUAUUUCUAGUUACUGUCGGUUACUACAGGCUCCUGUUUUAGUUGUAAAGCUUGCCUUCAUUCAGGGUGAUGAGAGAACAGUAGCUUGUGGAAGCAGCACUGUGAAGCACAUGACGCACUGCCGGCAAGUCAGAUGGCUCAUCUGUCCCACUUUAGAGGAUUGGAGGUUGUGUAAGCCUGUUAGUUUAGCUACUUUAUUACUACUGCUGGUAUUUUGAGUUCAUUUAUCCUGAUAAAAAGUCAUUAACAUUUUUGAGUUACCAUUAAAUAAAGAUUUUACCAUCUAA